UUUAUUAUAAUAAAAGACUCUAUAUAUGCUAAUAUAGACAAAUCUAUUGCGUUGAUCACAAUAUAAAUGCCUUUCGUCGAAAGAUUCGUACAAAUUCGUAAUUUUGUUAUGAACGUUUGUCUCGUCGAGGCCCAACAAUUUGUCCAGGACCUAACGCAUGCCAUUUGCUUGGACUUUCGAGGCCUACUCAAUCUCAAAUAGAGCUGGCGAACUGGUUCGGUAAGUUGUUCGGUUGUUCGAGAAGUGACUCAGUUGAAGUGAAAGUGUAACUGUAAAUAUAUGUAUGCCCAGUUUUUUUUCUCUUCUUUCUUUUCUGUGCGUUCUUUGCGUUUCCGCUUCUGAAAACGGGCUGUGUCACAGGAAACCUCAUGGCUGUCUAGCGAAUAUCACAGAGAGGUUAUGUUAGUGCCUGGAAAU